AUGGUCUUUGGCAGGCGCCGAGGCUUGACCUUGGCCAAGCUGGGCACCCAAAGCUUACACGGGCCGGGGCUGGGAGUUCCCACAUUCCCGCGCCGUUGGAUCCGGUGUCUUGGUACUGGUGACUCACGUGUACAUCUCAGACCACCUUCGACAAAUCUCUCAAUUACUUUCGUCAUGAGCUGUUUAGAGUUGACUGGUAAGCACCGCGGCACCGCAAACUACUCUGUGCGUUGCAUAAGUUUGCUAGACAGAAAAUCUCUCAGUCGAGUUACACCAUGUCCGUUGGGGGCCUAUAUGCCGCCCUCUAAGGUAUCUUCCAGGUGGGCCUCCGAGAUUGCGAAAUCAACAUGGUUGAACUCGCCCCGGUUACAUCCCGCCGGUACAGAGUUGAGCCAAGGUGUCACUUUGCCCCUCUCUGCCUUCUUCGCUAAUCCCCCAUCGCUUCGACUGCUUUCCCCCGAUGAACCCGGCUCACAGGACAUCACAAUCUUGCAUUCAUAUCAGAGUUCACCGCGCGAGAGCGAGAAGGGAACCCAGGUACCUGCCGCUAUCCCCGGUGAUUUUGCAAGGCGGCGGUACCCAUCAAGUGCGGCUGAGUCGAGUCGCUUCGCCCAGAUCUCUUUGUCGAAACCCGUCGGCUGCGAUCCUUGGAAGGCCGUCUAUAUACAACCUAUCGAGUGCCAUACUUCUAAGGCAGCUUCGAAUAUCAUUAGCAACUCGAGGAAUUGCGCCUCAGUAUUGUGCAGCCUGUCCCUGUGGAUUCUUAGCCAAGCUGACUUAUCUAGCGCCGAACACCCCAUAGAAAGCUCCAAUUAUCGCCCAGAGUGUCGAGACUCAGGGAAAAACAAACACUGCGUUGGCUGUUAG